AUGAUCUCUAAGGAGAUGAUGAAUGUAAGGCAUUUUCAUGAUCAUCUUUCUUCUUCUUCUCAUCAAAACUACGAUAACAAUAGAAAUUCAACGUUCUUCGAGUCUAAUCCGAUGAAUAUGAUCUCUCAUAGUCAUAGUCAUAGUUCGUUUCCGCCGAUGAUCAUCGGUGCUGCUGAUGAUCGGUUCUUCCAUGGCCAUAGCUUGAAGUCGGUGCGAUCUGAUUAUCUUGACUCCAAUUGUAUUCCGCCGAUGCCGUUGAGUUAUAACCGUCUUCCGUAUGUUACUCAUACUGAAACUGAAUGUACCACACUUGAGACGGAGAAGAGAAAUGGAGUAACUGCUCUGUCCGAGAUCGGUUCUCGAAUGAAGAAGAGGAAAUCAGAGAUUGUUGGUGAUGAAGAUUGGGAGAAGAAAUUGAAGAGAAAUUGUUCAAGUGAUUACAUCCAAGUGAGAGCACGCAGAGGACAGGCUACUGAUAGUCACAGUCUAGCUGAAAGGGCAAGGAGAGAAAAGAUAAACAUGAAGAUGAAGUGCUUACAGGAAAUGGUACCUGGUUGUUGCAGCAAAGCAACAGGGAAGGCUGGAAUGCUUGAUGAGAUAAUCAACUAUGUGCAUUCUCUUCAGAAACAAGUUGAGUUCUUAUCCAUGAAGCUUGCAUGCUUGAAUCCAAAUCUUGACAAGUUUAUGAGAAAAGAGAUGAAAAUAUGUGAGAUAGCUGCAGGAAGUGAUCAUCACAUGGGAAAUAUUGUUCCUGCAAUAAGUCUAGAAACUCUUUGGGCUGUCCUGGGCCUUUUAUGGGCUUAUUAA